GGACCAUACGAAGUAACUGCUUCGUUUGUGUUAUAUGACUCACGGUGAAGACGAUAACCAGAUUUAUGGCACUGAUGACAAAGUAAAGCUGGAUACUUUAGUAGAGAUGUUGCUUCCUGAGAGAUGUCCGAGCUUAAUAGGUAAGCCAAAACUAUUCUUCAUACAAGCUUGUCGGGGAACAAAAUUUGACAGCGGUGUAGAUGUGCUCGGUGGAGCUAGCGUCGAUGCUAGAGACAUAUAUAAAAAAGUCACACCUCACAAAGUACCAGUUGGGGCCGACUUUCUUCUGGCUUAUUCCACUGUCCCUGGAUUUUACUCCUGGAGAAAUUCCACUAUUGGAUCGUGGUUUAUUCAGUCGUUAGCCCACAUUUUGGAAAGACACGGAGACCAACAUGAACUGCAGCACUUAAUGCUUUCGGUAAAUCGUAAGGUUGCCUAUGAAUAUGAGUCUGACACUAGGGAACCAGAGACGAAUGGAAUGAAACAAGUUCCUUCCAUAGUGAGCAUGUUAACAAAACAAUUAUACUUUUACAAGUAAAAUCUUCGGUUAACAUACGUUCUCCCAAUCUCCCCUCAAUUCAUGUAUUUAUAUAUGUAUAUAUAAAACAACUUAUAAGCAAGGGCAAAAGAAAAAAAUUCUAAUGUCAAAUAUUCCGAAAAUAGACAAAAUAUCAAUAACC